GUCGACUGUGGCAUUUUGCGGUGGAACAGCGGCAUACAGCGUCGCCGUACGUCACCGCGAAGUGAUCAUGACGUCGGAGCAGAAAGCGGACGAGGGCUCUCCUGCAUCCUCACUCGUACAAUCCUCACCCAAUGACGACGUCACCGCCGCCCGCGAAGUCCAUACUUUCUUCUCUACCAUGGAGUGUAGCUUCGUCCAAAUCAAAGAACCGAACGAGUCCAACAUCGAAACUGCCGAGUUCCUGGCAUGCUGCCGGUCCGUGCUUCCGGUGUUCAACGUCCUCGGGGGAAGAGUCUUUCAUCCCAUCAAGGCCGACAUCCAGGGCAACAUCGACAAGCUCAGCGAGAAAUACAGCACGGACAAGGACAGCUUUGCCCGGUUGAUGGCGAUGCUGCAAAAGGAAGUUGACGAAGGCAGGAACGCAGCCAGUGGCCGAGCCAUCGAAGCCCUCCUCUGGCUAAAGAGAGCUCUCGAGUUCAUCCUGAGCUUCCUGUCCGAGAUCCACAGUGGCAACGACAACCUGUCCGACUGCGCCACCAAGGCUUACAACGGGACAUUGAGGCGGUACCACAAUGUGCUCGUGCAGAAAGUGUUUGCCUUUGCCAUCCUAGUGAUGCCUUCGAUGAAGACCUUCAAGCGCGACCUGGCGCCUAGCCCGAAGGACGCAUCCCACCCUGACUACACAAAACAGCUGUACACCGACUGUGGGGAAUAUGUAUCAGCCCUCCGUUCAGUUCUGGAAACAAUCAACCAAUAUUACAGGCACCAGAAUCUGGAACCCAGUCCAUGAUAGCCGUCUCCAGAUGGCAUGCCUUACUGCUUAAAUAGACGUAAUCUACAUCGAAGAAUAUAAUGCCCAGUGCUUUAAGGCUGUGAUCCCACUACAUAAGUUCAAGCGCACUUGCUACCUUUUUUUUUUUGCCUGUUAUGUUUUUAUACACUAUAGGUGCAGUACCUGACUUCAGCAAUGAAAUUUGAUAUAUCUUACAAAUGCAUCUCAAGAAAGGAGCUUUUUGUAACUUUGAUGCAAGUGCAGGUUGCAUACUGCUCUGUCUAGAUGUAUCUGUGCCUUUGUCCUUUUUAGCACUUUACAUACAUAACUUUGGCUGUAGUACGUGAAGUACGUAACAAAUGAAUGCUGUUUAAUGUGCGCAAGACAAAAGACGUUUUAUGCUCAUGCAGGCGUGCGUUUUUUAAUGUCGGCUACCCCACUUCUGAUGUCUUGUUACGCAAAGUGAGGUCUGACCCACGUUGUCCCUCAUUACUGUGCAAUCAUGCAUGAUAUUAUAGAGGCUGGAAUAGAACUUCUAGCCUCUCUAACAAUAUUUUACAUAUCACUGUUGUGUGCAGUGGUGUCUAAAUUUUUACGUGGAAUUAAGAGUUAUUGUUGUCUUAUGUAUUUUUUGACAAAUAAAGCUAUUUACCAUUUUG